CCCUCAACAUGUGGUUCCGGUUGGCGGUCUGUUUUGCCGCUUUUGCUUCAACGGCGCGUUCUCGGCAAACUUUCACCGACUCGCAGCUGCGGAUGUUUUCCAACUGCAAAUUCCACUGAACUUGCUGGCUGAAAUGGAGUCAGAGGUAGCCUCCCUACGCGCUCAAGUGGCGGCAAAAGACGCAGAAAUACAGAGACUUCGACAGGAACUGUCGCACGAACAGGCUCUUGCGGGUGUGAUUGACGCAGCUUUGACCAAGGACGAUGUGUCGCGUUACAGCAGGCAGAUGUUGCUGCCCGGAUUUGGCGUCCGAGGACAGAAAGCGCUUAAAUCGGCAUCCGUGCUAAUCGUCGGUGCUGGUGGAUUGGGAUGUCCGUGUGCGGCGUACUUGGCUGCUGCAGGAGUUGCUAAAAUAGGAAUUGUUGAUUUUGAUGCUGUGGAGAAGAGCAACCUCCACCGACAGAUCCUCCAUUCUGAGGCCAAGGUGGGCCUGUCCAAAGUAGAUUCUCUGGUGAUUGCUCUUAGGGAGUUGAACUCUCAGCCGGAGUACGUCCGGCACUCGGCAGUCCUCGACAGCUCCAAUGCCUUGGACAUCAUUGGCAGAUACCAGGUUGUGGUCGAUGCCAGUGACAAUGCGGCCACCCGAUACCUGGUCAACGAUGCAUGCGUACACCUGGGCCGCCCCCUGGUGUCGGGCAGUGCUCUGCGUUGGGAAGGACAGCUGACGGUGUACGGAUAUCGUGGUGGUCCCUGUUACCGGUGUCUCUUCCCACAGCCACCCCCCACCUCCACCGUCACCAACUGCUCGGAGGGAGGCGUCAUAGGCAUGGUUCCUGGUGUUAUCGGCUGUAUGCAGGCACUCGAAGUGGUGAAAAUUCUCACCGGACACGGAGAUGUCUGCUCUGGAAAGCUGCUGCUGUACGACGGUGCGGACGCAAGGUGGCGACAGGUGGCACUCAGGGGAAAGCUACCCGACUGCGACGUCUGUGCCGACCCGUCAAAGCCUCCUGCAGUACGGGAUUACGCUGCUUGGUGCGGCAUAGGUCCAACCAACAAGUGCAGUGGCCUCACUGUGCUACCCAAGGAGCUGCGGAUCUCGUGCCAGGAUCUGAAGGACCGACUUCUGCGCAAGGAGCCCAGCAGUCUUCUGCUCGACGUUAGGCCUAAGUACCAGUUUGAGAUGUGCCACCUUCCUGGAAGCCUCAACAUUCCUCUUGAGCAGCUGGAUAAUGAACUCAGUUCGUUGGACGAUAAACUGGCAGAGAACACAGAAGUGGUUGUAAUAUGUCGCCGUGGCAACGACUCUCAGCUGGCAGUGGAAAAGUUGAGACAAGCUUGGAGAGAAAGGGUCAAGGUGCGCGACGUCCGAGGAGGCCUGGAGGCCUGGGCCAGAACUGUCGAUCCAGACUUCCCCACAUACUGAUCUUGUGGUGCAAUGGCCAGAUUAUGCAUUUCUUAGACUAUUAACCCAGAGAGCCAGGGCAUUCACCAAGUCUAAGCAACGUCCUGUCUUUCACGCGAGGUGUAGCUGAAGUAAUGAAGGGUGCCCAGAUUUUGAACGAAUAAGUCAUUUCCUUACAGACAAACUGAAAAUUGAGGCUCUCAAAGUAAUUUCAAAGCUAGAAAGGAAUACCGAGGCCGACAGGCAAAUUACAUCUUGCUAUGCCCACAGUAAGUUGUAAUAGUCUUUUACUCACUGUGUCACUUGAUGCAGAAUUCAUGAAGUUGCUUUAAUAAAUUAUUGUUUUGUUUCAACAAC